AUGGAGGAAAUAAAAGCGGACGUCACCGCCGUGACGGAAGAGAGCAUCGGAACGGUGUCACCGACUGUACACGUCGCUCUAGAGACCAUUGAUCGACCACUUUUUGAUGAGAUUUACGAGGAUUGGGCCUCCUUUGACGCCGCAAUUGCUCGUGCAACAGCAGCGUACCAUCCGAUCCGGAAACGCUCGUCCCUGACCUUUGAAGUCUACAAUCGCACUGUGUCUAAGGGCCGUCACGAUCGUAAAAAUAUUGCUGAGUUUCUCUCCAAGACGUUUAAAUGCACACAUGGAAUCAAGUUUCGUUCACGUGGAAGUGGGAAGCGAAUGCGACAUAAAUUACGGGACAUUGGCUGUCCAUUUCACGUCUAUGCAUCAGCAGUGGAGUUUGGACCGACGUAUCGUAUUAAAGUACGUAUGCAUGACAAACAUAAUCAUCCAAUUGGACCAGAUUCAAUGAAGAUGAUGAGUGGGGCACUUCAUGAAUCGGAUUAUGAGUUGGCUACACCCAAUCGAGACACUGAGAACGUGGAGAUUUCGACAACAAAUACGAUGGAACACCGGCGGCUCAUCAUGCCCAUGCUGAAUCAAGCUCAAGCACAGGCAGAAGCUGAAGCUGAAGCUCAGUCACAGGUGUACCAGAUUGCUCAGGCACAGGCACUACUAAAAGCAGAAGUACAGACAAUGACGGGAGAUGCUCGAGCACAGGAGAUCUUGCAUGAGUCACUGGGAGUUCUAGAUGGCACUAUGGACAGCAGUAUGGGAGAUGAAGUUUUUUCGGGAACUUCAGCAGCAGCUCAAAUGUCUGCUGCUGAAUCUGCUGUUGCAGCUAAUAGCAGUAUUCAAGCAGCUAGAUCUAAUAGUGUUGAAACGCCUUCUAAGUUUGAAGAAACGAUGACUUUCGAGGCACUUCGGAAACGUGUUGCUGACUUUGCUGAUGAACGUGACUGGAAUCAGAUUCACACGCCUCGUAAUCUGCUGCUGGCUCUUAAUAGUGAAGUGGGCGAGUUGUGCGAGAUUUUUCAGUGGAAAGGCGAGGUCAACAAUACCGAAGAUUGGUCUGCACGCGAAAAAGAGCAUCUUGGCGAGGAGAUUAGCGAUGUGUUGAUCUACUUGGUGCGACUUGCUGACAAGUGCGAUGUAGAUCUGCCUGCUGCUUUGAACGACAAGAUCGCCAAGAAUGCACGGAAAUAUCCCGCUGAGCUGAUAAGAGGAUCGUCCAAGAAGUACAACGAGUACAAGCGGAUGCGUAUAGUGGAGGAGUCGACGUUGUAG